AAAAAGCUUCGAUUUAUGAUAGUAAAUGUUAUUCUGUAACAGAAAAAUUCAAUCUCUAUCCUCGAAUAAAUAUACACUCCAACUCUUUUCCUGAUAAAAUGCAGCACAUAUCAUUUAAAAUAUAGUGGGAUCUUAUAGAUAGCAAGAUAACAUAUCAUAAAUUUCUACACUAUGGAAGUAUAUUUAUAAGAAACAUCAUCGGAUUUUGCAUGACGGACGCAAACAUGUUACACGCACUUUGUCUUUGUACCUUUUUCUUCGCUACUGGUCUGGUCAAUGGCGAGAUCAAAAACAAGGGAUGGUGGAAGAACGCUGUAUUCUAUCAAAUCUAUCCACGGAGUUUCAUGGAUUCGGAUGAUGAUGGAAUCGGAGAUUUGAAAGGUAUUUCAUCGAAAUUGGAACAUUUCGUCGACGCAGGAAUUCAAGGAAUAUGGCUUUCACCUAUUUAUGCGAGUCCAAUGAUAGAUUUUGGUUACGACAUAUCAGAUUUCAAAGCAAUACAUCCAGAGUUUGGUACGAUGCAGGAUUUCGAGAUAUUGGUAGCACAAUCGAAACGACAUGGAUUAAAAAUAAUUCUCGAUCUCGUACCAAAUCAUACAUCCGACAAGCACGAAUGGUUCCAAAAGUAUCUCGCUGGGGAGAAAAAAUAUAAGGAUUAUUAUAUUUGGAAAAAAGGUCGAAAGGAUGAUGGAGUGACACCACCGAACAAUUGGAUCAGCUUGUUCAGUGGUCCUGCAUGGACGUACAAUGCAACCUUGAAGGAAUGGUAUUUCCAUCAGUUCGAGUACAGGCAACCAGACUUGAAUUAUAGUAACCCAGAAGUGCGAGCCGAGAUGGAAGACGUCAUUCGAUUUUGGUUACGUAAAGGCGUGGACGGUUUUCGUAUAGAUGCCGUUCCACAUCUCUUCGAGAGGGAUGAUCUCCGUGAUGAACCCAGAAGUUCGGAUCCAAGCGCUACCGAUCGUGAUUACACUUACUUGGACCACAUUUACACUAAAGAUGAUCCUCGAACCUACGAACUUGUAAAAAGCUGGAGAAAGGUUCUUGAUGAUUAUUCCGAUGCCAAUAACGAGGAUGAGAAGGUGAUGAUGACCGAAGCUUAUACUUCUCUAGAAAAUACUACGAAAUAUUACGAUUACGGUUCUCACAUACCAUUCAAUUUCAAACUGAUCACUGACGUAAAUCAUAAUUCGAGCGCGUCUGAUUUUAUGAGAAUCAUCGAGGCAUGGAUGGCUCACACUCCAAACACUGCAAGUGCCAAUUGGGUUUUAGGAAAUCACGAUCGAAGUCGUACCGCAUCACGUUAUCCAAAGAGGGAUUUUCAAAUGACUAUGCUACCAAUGAUUUUGCCUGGUGUUGCCGUGACUUAUUAUGGAGAAGAAAUCGGAAUGGUGGACAAGAGUGAUAUAUCUUGGGAAGAUACGCAAGAUCCGCAGGCUUGUAAUGCCGGAAAGGAUAAAUAUCAAAGUCGAUCUCGCGAUCCAAAUCGUACACCUUUUCAAUGGGAUAAUAGUAAAAAUGCUGGAUUCAGCAGAGCUAACCGAACGUGGCUUCCAGUACAUGAAAAUUAUAAAGUAAUCAAUUUGCAAAAUCGAAAGAACACUACACAACAAUCACUUUAUAAGGCAUAUCGAUCUUUGAUUCAAUUGCGAAAAUCAUCGCACGCUCUCCAGCAUGGGGCAUUGAAAAUGAAGGUGGUAAAACUCAAAACAGAUUAUUGUUAUAAUUGCGAAUUUUUAGCUAUCAGCCGAGAAGUACCAGGAGAGACAAUAACACUUUUCAUGAGUUUUUCUCCAGUGGUUACCCUUCCCGUAAAUUUGAAUAAACAUAUGACACUUUACAGUCAUACAUAUGUCGAAAUCGAUGCCUAUCGUACGAACAGAUAUAAACCAAUUUUCAACCAAGUCAACCUUCAACCUUGGCAGGGGGUAGUCGUAUCGUCUAGAAAGUAGAUUCAUAAUCGAUAAAUUGCAAUAGUAUUUUGAAAUAUAAUAGAAGAUUUUGCAUAAAUAAUAGUAAUUUCCAUGAUACAAUUUUAUCUAAUAUUUUUUUAAGUUUGUAGUCGAAAAUGGAAUCUAUUCACUUUCCGCUUGAAGCAUGUGUGAUUGCAGUGGAGGAUAUGAAUAAAAUAUGAUCUUUUCUAAUAUCUAUGUUUUGUUAAAUUUAGAAAAUACUGAGAAGCAUAGAUAGUAUGCAUUUAAUUAAAUUUCAUGUAAAUUUCAUGUAAAAAAAAAAAAUAAAAUUAAGAAAUAAUAAAGAAAGAAUAAAAUUUCAAAAUACAUUCGGUUAAUAUCAUAAAUUAAUUUGAUAUCAUAACUUAAUGGUUUGUUUAACUAAUAUAAUAAAUGUGAUUAUUUCAAUAUUAUUGUUGUAUGUCUAAUUUUUCUUUAAUGCUAUAUCUAUUUUGCUGUAUCGAUAUCGAUUGUGAUUGCAUGUAAUUAAUAUACUUCUGUAAACAUAUUCUUAUCGCGAUAAUACAUGUCUUUAUAAAGAUAAAACAUGAUUUUAAUUAAA